AUGAGUAAUCUCACACACGAUGAGAUCUGGGACGAUUCCGCACUGGUAGAGUCCUGGAACCAGGCUUUGGAAGAGUACAAGGUGAGCGACAGCCCCUCCAAGAUGUCAAGAUUGACCCGCGACUCACAUGUAUGGCAGAAAUACCACUCCAUCCACGCCAGUGGAGGCAAAGUUGAGGAUCUUCCCGAGACGACGACAGACAGAGCUGGGACGAAUGCCAAGCCUGAAACGGCUGCGCAGGACGAGACCGUGACUGGCGGAGGCCCUAACGCCCCCCAAGACCAGGGCGAAACACUCGAGGCUGAGGGCGCACCAUCUGGGUCAGAUGCGACGGAGGGCCAGGAUCAUGGAGAAGGCCGACCAGCUAUUCAGAUGAGGGACCCCGCUAGCCUCGCGCCUCAUGCUGUCCUCGGGUCCGUGCGGGACGAAAAUCUCAAGAAACUUUUGAUGUCUUGGUAUUACGCAGGGUACUACACGGGUCUCUACGAGGGCCAACAGCAGCAGCAAACACAGGGUGGUGCCGGCAGCCAGGAGCAAUAA